AAACGUCAAAUAUGGUCAAGUAGGUGGCGGUGCGAUGUGUUCUGUUUACGAAAACAACGCAAGUUUUGACACUAAUUUAAAUCUAUUUUGUUCGAUUCGCUAUUUGCCAAUUAAGUAUUUGAUUAAAAGUCUCAUGGGAACAGGCAGUUUAUCGUGUUUGAAUAGCCUGAUAGAUCGAAAAAGGAGAAGGGAUUUUGAGUCAGAGUGAGUUUUGUGCACGGUACAACGUGUAGCUGCUGUCGAAUCAUUGCUGAAAAAAUAUAGUGAUAGCUGGGUCAAUGGUAUGUAAUAACACUCGUCGAUCCAAGCUGGAUUCAUUUUAAUUGGAAGAUUCAACCGAGAUGCCCGAACAAAAUUCGAGUGACCAAUAUUCUACAUGGGUCGGUCUCAUAUACGUUUUUAACUUGAUCGUUGGCACUGGGGCUUUGACACUACCUGCUGUUUUCAGUCGAGCAGGAUGGGCACUCGGAUUAAGCGUUAUUUUAAUACUAGCAUUCAUAAGCUUCAUUACAGUCACAUUUGUGAUCGAGGUAAUGGCAUCUGCCAAUGCUAUAAUAGCUUGGCGGCAUAUUCACCAUCGAAAACGAGUAUGCUGUCCUCAAGAUUCAGCUUUCAACGAAUCAGAAUCUGAGGUGCUUCAGACGUUAGAUGAAUCUGGCCCGGCGAAUUCGGAUUCCGAAGAUACACCUCUUGUCACACCGUUCUCGAACAGUCCUGAUUGCACAGAGGAGACUUGUCGAUACUACAUGAUACGCGAUAAAAUAGAAAUGGGACAAAUGGCAUCGCUCUUUUUGAACAAGUUCGGCACGACUCUGUUCUACUUGUGCUUUGCUGUUUACCUCUACGGCGAUCUAAGCAUUUACGGUGCAGCUGUGGCAAACACUCUGACCGAUGUCGUUUGCACCUAUGAACCAGCAAAUCUGACGUGCAACGACACAAUACCUGACACUGAAGUCUGUUGGGAAAGUCUCGUACUGGAUCGUUUCGACGCGUACAGGCUGUUCCUUACCGUAUUCGUGCUCUUACUGGGACCGUUCGUAUUUUUUGACGUGCAGAAGACGAAAUAUCUGCAAUUGUUAACGUCAGCAAUGCGAUGGCUCGCGUUUACCAUCAUGAUCGCGUAUGCUACGAAGAAUUUGAUCAUCCACGGCGCACAAGGAAAUCCUCCCGCAGCAAAUAUCAUAGGUAUCCCUAGUCUAUUCGGUGCAUGCAUUUAUUCUUUUAUGUGUCAUCAUUCUCUGCCAGCGUUGGUCGCUCCGAUCGCGAACAAGUCUGCUCUGAAUCGAUUCUUGGCAUUAGAUUAUUUAUUGAUAGCAGUCUUUUAUCUUUUAUUGGCGUUAACCGGAGCAUUCGCUUUCGAACAUUUGAACGAUCUUUACACGUUGGAUUUCAGUCCCCGCGGGUCUGGCGACUGUUCCAAGAGUAACAAUAUCGUCGUUAUCCUCAUACGAUAUUUCCUGUCGUUAUUCCCAGUGUUCACUCUGAGUACCAGUUUCCCUAUCAUAGCUAUUACCCUUAGAAACAAUCUGCAAUCGUUGUUCCUUAACGAAGACACGUCCUACUUCUGUCUUCGUAAAUUGAUCUUCCCAAUAUUGGCGAUACUGCCUCCGUAUAUAAUCGCAUUGAGCACCAAGGAUCUGUCGAAGUUAGUGGCGAUCACGGGAUCGUAUGCUGGAGCAGGUAUUCAGUAUCUGAUUCCCACGGUUCUGGUUUAUUACGCAAGGCAGCACACGAACAAAGUUAUAGGCCUCGGGGUUGUCAAUCAAUUCGCGAGCCCGUUCUCUAAUAACUGUUGGUUAGUUUUCGUCAUAGUUUGGACUGUCACCUGCAUGAUUUUGGUGUCGGUCAAUUUCAUGCAGAUCCAUUACGAUGUCAAAACCGGACAUUUAAAAUGAAAGUGUUCUAAGGUACAAAAUUUAAAAAGAGAAAGAAUAUUACGUGAUGGUGCAUAAUUAAUUUCGUUUAAUUGCCAAGGCUAGUGCGCAUCUCUGAAAUGGAAUGGAAAGACUGCACAGUAUUUAAAUGAAAUUCGUUUCGUUAGCCAUUUUCAUUCGUACGGUUGAGCUACUUUCGUACCGAGUUACGAAUUAGUAAUUGUUUAUUGUUUAAGAUAGAAUAGUGGAACAUCUUUUGGCACCAUUAUCGAAUAAUUUAUUCUCAUCGUACAAGAUGUAAUAUGUGAUGUGGCACAGAGCGUACCACGGUAACAUGACAAUAAUGUGGCGCAAGUCAGAAUUAAUGUUGUAUAAGCCAAAUAAGCUUAAUUUAAGUUCGAAUCUAUCGUAUAAGACAUCCUUUGUCUUUUUUUAUAUUUUUUAUUCAGAGUACUGCCGCGAUCCAGUAUUCAUUGUAUAGAGAAAACGUCUUUCAAAAUAUAAGUGUGUUAAUCAGUGGCCAAAACUA